CUUAUUCAGUUUACAACUUUCGCUUGAAACGGACGUGCGACUUUGUUUGUUCGGCAAUCGCGUUCGAGUGGCAAACAAUAGAGAUUCAAAUAUAUAAUAGUCAAAUAACUAAGUGUACAAAUAAAGCGCACAAAAAAGAAAAAACCUUAAAAGCCAACACUGCGUAUGCGUGAUUCGUUUAUAUGAAGCGAAGGCACAAAAGCCUAUACUACAUCAAGAUGUACAAGAGAAAGGCCUAAACCCAAACCCAAUAAAUUCUUGUGAUUUGCGAUAAUAAUUAGUAUUAAUAGAUAAGGGUUCAAACAAAUCAAACGCUGAGAGUUGAAGUCAAAAUCGGGUCUAGACAUCUGCGGCUUAAUUAAUUUAACACGCUCCCGAAUUCGGUCAAAAUUGCUCCAGUUCGGGUUCACGCUGCGCCCAAUACCCCGCCCCCGACCACUGCCACCCAACAACCCCGCAACAACAACAACAACAACAACAGCAACAUCAGCAGCAAGACGACGGACACCGGCACAGUGGGUCACAGUGCCGCAUCUUCGAUAUCGCGGCGCCACAGUGGACGUGGCAGUGGCUGUGGCAGUGGCAGGGUACCCAGCAUCCACAAGAAACGCAAGAACAUCUGGCCAUUCAAGAUGCGGGUGAAGGUGACCAAGCGCCUGUGGCCCCACCGACAGGCGUCCACCAAGAGCGACAGAUUCCCACAGCCAAACGAAGUAACCGAAGGUGCCUUACAGGUCUGGCGAACUCUGCCGGAGCGCAUUCGUCAGGAUCCCAGUUUAGCGUCCUUUCGCCAGGAGCACGAACGUUUACACGGCGAUGUUGAUCCCUUGCAAGCGGAGGAGGCGGAAGUUCGGGUGGAGAACGGACACCACGAGGAAACGGCCAUGGCCAACCAGGCCUUCACACAGAUCGGGAUAAAUGUGACGAACGAGGCGGGUCAGGUGCGGGUGCUCGACGGCAGGGACCUGGAGAACAACAACGACGAUCAGCACGACGAGGCCGAACCGCAUGCCAAAAGUUUGAUCCGAAAGUAUCUCAUCUGGUUCAAGAUAGCCAUCCUGCUGGUGGUCUGGUGCGUCUUCACCGCCUUCCUAAUGUCCAACAACGAGCAUGUGGAUCAGCUGAGUCUCAUUAGUGUUCCUAGGAAUAGCUCACCAAGAGUCUUUCCCAUUGCCACCUCCAGUCUGCAGAGGAUUGGCCUGGGCCUGCGAGGACCCUUCCGCUUGCAGGAGAACGAGCUGGCCAUCAACGAGAGCGUUCCACUGCCGCUGCUCCAAGUGCAGGUGAUGCGCACCUACUUCGAUGGCGAGGGCAUGGAGAUCUACAUCGAGAAUGCCAGCCAGUUGUGGCAACUGGACGUGGUCUAUCCGGACUUGAUCGAUGCCACCCAGGACACCAAGAAGCAGCGAACCUUCGAGCUAAGUGCCAUCGAUCCCUUGUGGUUGGCGCAAUCCAAUCGCACGGAGCUGAGCUUUGAGUUCACCAGCAGUAUUGAGGGGGAGUUGCCAUUGCAACUGAAUGUGGAUGAGUCCCCCAUCUACAAGCGGGAUGGAGUCAUCUAUGCGGCAGUGGUCCUCUGCGGACUGUAUGUGAUGAUCAUCUGGGAGAUUGUGAAUCGAACCUUUGCCGCCAUCAUCGCCUCCACGCUGUCGGUGGGAAUACUGGCUGCUCUGAACUCCCGACCCUCGAUGGCCACCAUCAUGGGCUGGAUCGAUGUGGAGACGCUGCUGCUGCUCUUUGGCAUGAUGAUCCUGGUGGCCAUUCUGUCCGAGACGGGCGUCUUUGACUAUCUGGCCGUGUAUGCCUACAAGAUCACCAACGGACAUGUGUGGCCGCUCAUCAAUUGCCUGUGCCUGUUCACAGCGGUCCUAUCGUCCUUCCUGGACAACGUAACCACCGUACUGCUGAUGACCCCGGUGACGAUACGACUCUGCGAGGUCAUGUGCCUCAAUCCGGUGCCCAUACUGAUGUGCAUGGUCAUCUACUCGAACAUCGGCGGAGCACUAACUCCGGUGGGGGAUCCGCCCAAUGUCAUCAUUGCAUCGAAUAGCUACAUAUCCAAAAAUGGCGUCAACUUCGCUGUCUUCACGUUGCACAUGUUGCCCGGAGUUCUCCUGGUAAUGGUGCAGACCUAUAUCCAGUUGCGCUUCAAGUUCCGCAACAUCAGUGAUCUGCAGUUCAAGGAUUCUCCGGAAGUGGAGGAACUGCGUCACGAGAUUCACGUGUGGAAGCGAGCGGCGGCCAGUCUAUCGGCCUAUUCCAAGGACGAGGAACUGGUGCGGCAGACACUGAUGAAGAAAGUGAACCGCUUGAAGAGAAGUCUUAAGAAACGCAUGACGGCGGUUAUAGAACCGGCACCCAAUUACCAGCAAACCUUGGCAAAUCUUCAAGCAAAGUACCCCAUUCGCAACAAGCCGCUGCUGAUCAAGUGCUCGGCUGCUUUGCUUUUUGUGAUCAGUUUGUUCUUCCUACAUUCGGUUCCGGAACUGCAAAGAUUAUCCUUGGGCUGGACCGCUCUGCUGGGUGCCAUAUUCCUCAUUAUUCUGGCGGAUAUCGAGGACAUGGAGGCCAUACUGGCACGUGUGGAGUGGUCAACGCUGCUCUUUUUUGCAGCUCUAUUUAUACUUAUGGAGGCUCUGACGGAGCUGGGUCUAAUCGAGUGGAUUGGCAACAUGACCGAGGGCAUUAUCCUGGGCGUAGGCGAGGAUCGGCGUCUGAUGGUGGCCAUUUUGAUAAUACUUUGGGUUUCUGCUGUGGCCUCGGCUUUUGUGGACAACAUUCCACUGACCACGAUGAUGGUGAAGAUCACCAUAUCAUUGGCCCAGAAUAGCACCCUGAAUCUGCCCCUGCAGCCUUUAGUUUGGGCCCUGGCCUUGGGAGCCUGCUUGGGAGGCAAUGGCACUCUGAUUGGAGCCUCUGCCAAUGUGGUCUGUGCCGGAGUGGCUGAGCAGCAUGGCUACAAGUUCACCUUCCUGCAGUUCUUCAAAGUUGGCUUUCCCAUCAUGAUCGGUAGCAUUAUAGUCACCACGGGCUAUUUGCUCGUCUCGCACUCGCUGUUCGCGUGGCAUUGAUGAAGGGCCCCCAUCUAGGAGUUGACUGUGUCGAUUCGCAACAAGGCGCACUUUACCUCGUUACCUAACGGACAGAAACUGUUCCAGAUGCCACACCCACAUCCACACCCACAACCACACCCACACCUAUCGUGUUUUCGGAACCGAAAACAUCACCAAGCUAGAGAGGAACCAAUUUCUUAUGCGCUGGCCAUAAGUGUUGGUUCUGAACCAAACAACAACACAGAGAAACUGAAACGAAGAAUAUUACAUAAAAAUACAUUUAUUUUUACACAUCGUUGUUAGUGUAGUGUGUAGUCUAAAUAACAAUAAAAAAACAACAACAAUUAAGAGAAUUAAAAUAAAUAUAAAUUAAUUAUUUACAAUUAAUAAUGUCGCUGAACUGUGAAACAAUUGUUAAAUGUUAAAUGUAUGAAUACGAAUCAAAUAAAAACGAAACAAUUAAACAA